CAUACAGUACAGUGAGAUAAACAAGCGCUCACGCACUAUGAAGGAUCUCCCUACAGUGUGCAACCACACCAUCGCUUCUCUUUCCCCCUCCCUCUCUCACUCCCUAUCUCUCUCCUGUAUUGUUUCAUCUCACUCUGCCUUUCGUUCACGCUUAACUCGCCCGCUGCUGCGCUCUGACAGUUGAGGGAGACACCGCCGAGGAGGAAACUCCGGGGCAUGAAGAGUGCAUUUGGUUCCUCAUUCGGCCGCCUUUUCCUCAUGAGCAGCUCGUCAAGUUGGCCUGAGACGCCGCUGAGGAGGAAGAUGAGGAGGAUCCGUGCGUGAGGGAAGAGGAGCAACAGGGUGGCGACAAGCUGGGAAGUGAGCCCUGGUUCUUCAUGCUGAAGCAAGGGGCCCUGACCUCCAGCAGUAGCAUCAUCAUCAUCGUCAUCAACCAUGCGAGAGGAGUUCUCAGCAAGCACAAGAUGACCACAUCCAGCACAAGCUGAACAAGCUUCCCUAACCCCGUCCCACUCAGCCUCUUACAGCCUCCCUCAUUUCCCACAUGACCGCGAGAAGAUGACUAUCACCAGUCGGCAGUCCUUGAAUGUCCUGACGGUCAUCUUCCUGUUGCUGUCCACAGCAGCGCUUUCGGCUCACUACCGGGUGUGCGAGCCCUACUCCGACCAAAAGGGGCGCUAUCACUUCGGCUUCCACUGCCCCCGGCUGUCGGACAACAAGACCUACAUGUUCUGCUGCCACCACAACAACACGGCCUUCAAGUACUGCUGCAACGACACAGAGUUCCAGCUGGUCAUGCAGAUCAACCUCACUACCACCGCUGAUGGCUAUUCACACAAUAACUACACGGCACUGGUGGGAGUUUGGAUCUACGGCUUCUUCGUUAUGGUGCUCCUGGCUCUGGACUUCCUCUACUACUCGGCCAUCAAUUACGAGCUGUGCCGGGUGUACCUGGAGAAAUGGGGCCUGGGGGGGCGCUGGCUGAAGAAGGCCCGCAGUCAGUGGCAGCGGUCCAUGGCGGAGGAGAGCCAAGCCCAGGCUCAGCCCACGGUGCCCGCCCUCUACCAGCCCAGACACAGCCUCCGAGGGGAAAGCCACAGCCCCACGUUGUUGCCCUACAACACAUCCAGCGCAUGAGCAAUACGGUCGGCAGAAGAGUAGCACUCCAUUUCCUGGAGGUGGCCUAGAGGAGAUGCCUCCUAUAGACACUCUGGAUCCACACUUACAUAGGAAGCCAUCCAGGACAUCUUUGGCAGGGACCCCCUCUUCCCCCCUCUGAUGAGCACAAGGCAGCCGUCGACUGACAGCGGUGGCAUUUAACAAGCCAGCUGAGCAACCAGGACCGGUAGAGUAGUGCUGCCAGUGCCACAGCCGUGCUCAGCGGCAAGUGAGUGAGUGACACUCUAAUGGCUGUCAGAAAGCGGAACGGGAUGAAGUGGUCAGAUGUGAUGUUUUUUAAUAUGAAAUGUUUAUUAGACUGCUGUGUCGGUUUGUGUUGCGUAGCAGUUAGACACGGUUCUCUAUUUUAUUUAUGUGAUAGUCACACAACAACAACAAGUGGUGAACCUCUAGGAACGUGAUUUGUUAGGUCGAUGCUGAGCAUCUCACGUAGACUACAAUGUGUUUUGUUUGCGGCGGCGGCAAUGUUGGCGAUGAUAUAUCGUACAGCGAAGUGUUUUAACGAGUGCUUUAUAUCGUAACGUGUCUGACGGGGACUCGCGCCACUUUUCCUGCUGUAGCUGAAAAAAAUAUAAUGGAUUUUUCACGUGUUAUCUGUGUUUCUUCUGGUUUUAAAGCAGGGUGUGGGGAACCUACCGUGAGAGCAGUUGAUCAAAAAAAAAACAAAUAAAACCUCGGAACUUGUAUUUAAAAAGAAAAAAAAAAAAGCCCUCACAUGUUCAUAAUGAAUGAUGAUAGUAAAUAUUAGUUCCAUCACAUUCCUUCUCCAUAUUUUUGAGAAAAAGUUAUUUCAAACAAAUCAUUAGUGAGGAUGAGGGUCUCCAAAGCGUCAGCGGAAGCAACCCAGUUGAGUCAAGUUGCCAUGGUAACCUCCAUCAACGACAGCUCCUUAAGCAAUACAAUGCACAUCAAACAAGGAGUUUAAUAAUCCCCAUUAGUCAAAUUUCAACAUAAAAACUUAUUUGUCAGCAAUAAUGUACAGUGACGUGAAGGUUGACAUGGUGUCACGGUGCACCGGGUAUUCGGUGAAGUGCAACACACACACAAACCCCUUUGCUAGAUUUGUAGUCAUACUGCCUGUACUCCAAAUUACAAUUUAGUAGGAUUUUGUACAAAAACCACUGCAAUUAGUUUCUGAUUUAUUUGUCAGCUGUUUUUUUUUUUUUUUUUUUACUAAUGAGAGUUGUAACAAAAAUCGGUCACAUUGCUAAAUGCAUUCAAAUUAGAAGGAAAUAUUAUGUAAAGAUUAGUUUUUUUUUUUUUUUUUUUUUAGAGCAGUAUGUCCAUGAUAAUAUAAUGAUAAUAAUACAUUUUCUUCAUAGACACCUUUCUAAACAGUCAAGGUCACCAUACAAAAUUAAUAAAACAUUAAAAAACAAUUAAAUAUCGAUCAACAAUAUUCAAAAUCCAGUCGUAAUUUAAGUGUUUGUACAAUUUCACACUAAAUUAUUCCUUUUCAACUAUGAAGAUAAAAAUGGAUGAUUGGCUAUCAUAUUAGUAUAAGUACAUGGUACGAUAUUAUUUGGUCUUUGAGAUGAUGCAGCCAUCCAUCACAAUCUCUGUGAAAAUGUACGAGGCCUUGACGAGAACAAAAAAACAUCUAUGUCUAAAUUUUGUGUUGUCAUUUAACGGAUAAAACUAAAACACUCAAAGUGUGAUUAGUUUUACAGGUUCUUUGAAUUAAACCUAAUAUAUAUAUAUAUAUAUAUAUAUAUAUAUUCAGUUUUUUGGGACAAGAAUAAAAAAUUUGCAAAAUAUGCUUUUUCUUUUGUUGAGAUGAAAAUUACCUUGCAAAAAUUAGAUUACUUGUUUAUUCUCGAUAAAAAUUUAAAACAAAAGUUUUUAUUAUUUUUGCUUUUUUUCGUACAGAAUAAAAAUGUGUAAAAUCUGAUAAUAAUUGCUGUUUUUCGGAUCAGAAAUGAAAAAAUGUAAACUGAUCAUUUUAACUAAACUGAUCAAUAAAAAAAAAGCAAACAGAUUAUUUUUGCUGUAUUUCAGAUGAUAAUCAGAUAUUUUUAUUUGUUUUGGUUUUCCGAUAAAAAUAACAUUUUAGUGCGGAAUCUAAAGCGAAAGAGGCCAAGCCGCAAUUAAUGUACGUGCUAAAGACUAAACAGAACAUCGUUAGCCUAAUACUGUAACAUAGUUGUCUCAGUCAUAUUUGAAUGUUUUUGAAAAACAAGAAAAACGAAAGAAACACAACAAACAAAAAGAGUCCAGUUACCUCAAUUCAACUUUUGCGCAUUACCACGACUUUGAGAAUCAACACAGACGUACAGAAAAAAAUUUUUUUAGCAAGCAUAUUUCUUAUUGAUAUGUUGACAGUUAAAAAUGACUUGGGCAAUUAUUCUUUUAGGGUAAUGACAUUGCGUCUCGACUUGUACACAACAAUAAUGAUACAUCGACAAUCCUCCACAGUUACUUAAGUAGGUCAUGCUGUGUCACCAUGGCAACAACAGAGAUGCUGUUAUACUGAUGACAUUAAGGACAUCGUUUUUAAAACUUAAAUAACUCAACGCGGCCGCUUUCAGUUCCUAUCACAGCCUUCCUGGAGUUAUCUGCAAUAAUAUCAGCGUUUGCUGGGACGUUAGCGGAGGGUUCAUUCCCAUCGGAGAGGCUAACGUAUAAUUGGCUGCCCGGCGUGUGCUUUCAGGGCCGCACAAACAUAUUUUAACACACGGGAGAUAUAAUUGGCCAGCGGAUCAGCGGUGCUUUUAAUUCACGCUCCCUUGCUCCUCUGCCUGUGCAGCUGUCGCCCUUUUCCCCGCGUCGUCCUCACACACAGCAGCCCAAUUGGGGAAACGUAUUUGCCACGGAUUUAAUUAGUCGCCAGUGCUGGAGAAGAUUCUGGAAUAAGGUGAAAUAAUUAUGUUCUCCCUGGCAUAUGACAUACAGUAUAUCAUCCCUUCCCAUUUUGUUGUUUUCGUGGCCCUGACGUGACGCUGCCUCCAAACAAAACAAAGGGUGGACAGACAGGAGCGCACGUUUGCUCUACGGGUUGUCAUGGUAACCGUUGCCUUACAGUCAAAUACCCACCUGAACACACAAGCGUCAUACUGGUCAGAUAGCGCACUUUUCCAAGUGUGGUGGUGGUGAUAAGUGUACUAUGUUCUGUCCAGAGUGUUUACGACUAGAUAGAAUGUCGUGUGCCGUUCUCAGUUGAUUGCACUUGUUGACUUUGUAUCAUCACAACAGGGAGAAAUAAAGUUUUAUCUUUUA